UCUUCCCCUCCCCAGCCAAAGGAAAACUCUCUUAAGCUGGCCUGGGCUGCAGGAGGGAACAUCACAGGCUUGCAAUGGAUUUCCGUGACCUGUCGUACCGGGAUUUGGUACUAAAUCGUCCAUAUGUCCCUCUUAACACCUUAGAAACUAACUUCCCCACUCCGCUCUACAGUGAUCAAUACCUUUCUCUGAGAGGACCCCGGAAUGCCCCCGUUAUAAAAGAGAGCGUCCGCUGGAAAUUCACCCCUAUGGGGUGGGAUGCCAUCCCUCAAACCUGGUAUACCGGUCUGACAAACAGCCACAAUCGCGAUGCCUGGUACACCAUCACUGAGCCCCUGGGCCGAGAGACCUACCACCGCUGGCAGAAGUCCAGUGCCAAACAGGAGAAGGCUCUACCGCCUGGUUACGCCCAGCGUUUGCGAGAGAGCAGCUGGUACGAUCCAAUCAUCCCUCCUCAGUAUUCGGAUCCUAACACACGAUGGGGUGCUUUUCUAUGGAAGGAUAAGAGUAUUCCUGGCAAAGAAUAUGUCAUCAACCGCAAUCGCUGUGCUGAGGAGCUGAAGGGAAAACCAGGCUACGUACCCCGCCUUUCUCUCCACACGCCGGUCUUCACAGCAAAGGACUAUCGCACCUGGAGGAUGUUCGGCCACCAGCCUUCGACCAACAACCAGUAAAGCUUCUUCAGAUGCUUGACGCGAUGUGAUAAUCCUCCUUCGUGGUGCAAGGUGGGGAUAGCAUCUCCCCUUUGUGCUCAGGGCCCAUAUGUCCUAGGCCCAGAGCCUUGGAGUGAUGUGGCAUGGCAGCGUAACCCCGCAGCCUGGAACACGUGGACGUGGCCAAUUUGUUGCGACAGUGCUGUAAAAGGAGGGAGCCGAGAAUGCUUCGCCCUUUUACCUAUGUGUUUUGUUUUCUAAUGAAAUUGUUGGGCAGACAAUUCUUCAUGUACUUCUUUAUACAGUGCAGAAAUAACCGGUGGGACUCCCUGCCAUGGAAUAGCAAUAGCAGUAGCGUUUAGAUUUAAUAUACAGCUUCGCGGUGCUUUACAGCCAUCUCUAAAAACAGUUUACAGAGUCAGCUUAUUGCCCCCAACAACCUGGGUUCUCAUUUUACUGACCUUGGAAGGAUGGAAGGCUGAAUCAACCUUGAAACGGUGAGAGUCGAACUGCUGGCAGUCAGCAGAAUUAGCCUACAAUACUGCAUUCUAACCACUGUGCCACCAUGGCCCUUUAGGAUAACCCCCUACUUCAAUGUUUUUUUUAAAAAAAGAAAGAACUAAGGAAAGAUAGAAGAAAUGAAGGCAAAUGACACCUGAUCAUUGUGGUCGAAAAAUGCCAAAUAGAAGGCCUUUACAACUCCCUUUUGAGAAAAUCAUGGGAAGUAAGCCUGUGCAUAAAAUGAAUGCAGGUUGGGAUAAUUAAGACAUUUUCAAUAACUCACCUUAACUGGUAGUGUUCUUAAUGACAGCCUGGGAGCCAUCUGUUGGGGAAGCGUUAAUUAAUAUUCUUGUGCGGAGCGUGGGCUGGCAGUUGGACUUUCUAGGACAUCAACUCUAUGAUUCAGUGACUCUUGGCUACAUUCCCUUACCUUUUAGAGAAGAGCUCAACAUACUGUACAAUGCCAAGAGAGAUAAUUAUGCACCUUCCCCCACACUAAUAGACAUAUAAAAUAGCUAAAAUCUCAGUCAACGCUCAUAAUGUUUGCAUUGGGAUCCCCAGAGAAUGCCGAACUCUGUGUCCGGUGAAAGCUUAAAAUCUAGUAAUAGUUUGGUAUUAGUAAUUGGUAUGAAAAUAAUGCAAAGUUGGUGACCCAUUUUAAGGCUGGUUUGGUGUUUUGAAUGGAUUGAGAUGGGUUUUACCAACCUUUCCAUCCCAUUGUGGUUCUUUUAAGCAUCUUAAUCUACCCAUUUUACCAAUCCUAAUAUUCCCAAUGGAACUGAUUUUUUUCCACUUUUGGCAGUUUUUAGGAGGAAAAUAGUUCGACACCAUUUAUAUUUUUUUGGUUGUUUAAGGGUUCUUUAAAACUUAAGCAAGAAUGAGGGCUGAAAAUCACUAGCAAGAAUCAUGGUAUUUACAGUUUGCAGUAGAUUCGUAAAGGAAGCCGUGGUCUGCUCUAAACCUUUUAAUGCUCGCUAAUUAAUAUUACACCUUUCACACAUCUGACUCGACUUUCUUCAGCAAGUUUUUUUCAGAUCAAGGAUUGCAAUCCUGAUUAAAACUGUACGAAGAGCUAUUCUUUGUUAAGUGGAUGGAGCCAGAUAAAGAAGGACAAAAUAAGAAAUGGAUAAUGAUCAACACUAAAAUGAUCACUCCUCUUUUGUCGUGGUCCUUACUACAAGGUUAUAUGCACACUUCCACUUGAUCUAUAACAGGGUUUUUCAAAUUUGGUAACUUAAGAUGUGUGGACUUCAACUCCCAGAAUUCUCCAGCCAAGCUGGGGAAUUCUGGGAGUUGGAAGUCCACACACCUUAAAGUUACAAAAGUUUUAAAAAUACCGAUCCAUUCGUAUUUCAUAUUUAUUAUUUUAUAUGUUAAAAUGAUUGGCACUUUAUCUCUCUGCCUGAAAAUGUAUGUGUCUUAAGAGUAAUUCUAAGCCACAUUGAGAUUUAAAGGGGGAAAAAAAAAAAGAAAUAUACCAGUAUUGACUUCGGCUGCACAAUAUAGACAUUGAUGUAAAAUGAAAGAAAUAACAUGCAUUAAGGGUGUCGAUCUAGUUUGUUUAACAUAAUGCUAUUCACACAAUGUAUUCCAGCAAGUUUAAUAAAAGAGAAAUGCUACUUUGC